UUGCAUGAUAUGAUGCAUGCAUGGGACGAGAAAGAUGGAAUAUAGGGAGAUGUGGAGAGGAAAUCUUAUGAUUAUGUUGGGGGCGGGUAUGUUAAUUAUUGUUGUUUUUUCAUCUCCUUAAGAAGGGAGGAAUCGAGUAUUACUUUCAUGAAGUCUAUAUUCAGAGUGAUAAACUCCAAAUAAGACUUACUUACUUACUUACCACUUUCAAUACCCCUCAUAUUCUCAUCUAUAACUUCAAACUUCAAACUUCAACCCUCGACCCUCGACCCUCAACCUCGACCCUCAACCCUCAACCCUCGACCCUCAACCCUCAACCCUCAACCCUCAACCCUCAACCCUCAACCUCAGCAUACAACCACACCCACAUCCAUCAUGUCCAAAAUAAUCCUCUCCAUAAACGCCGGAUCCUCCUCCGUAAAAAUCUCCAUCUUCAGCGCAACCAAAAACCACUCCCCAACCCAACUAGCCGAAUGUCAAAUCUCGGGCCUCACAUCUCCUCCUGCAACCCUAAAAUACACUCGCUCAGGAACCCUCAUUACCAAAGACGAAGAACUCGAAGACGGGAAGAUCUCCGACCAAAAAGAUGCCUUCCAAUACAUUCUCACUUAUCUAAUCAACGACGCUUCGUUCCCGCAAAUCGCCAAAGUCGAAGAUAUAGCUAUCGCAAGCCAUCGGGUCGUACAUGGGGGAGACUAUAAAAAAAGCAAAAUCAUCACCAACGAAACCUACCACCAUCUAGAAACCCUCACCGAUCUCGCACCCUUACACAACGCAUCCGCACUAUCCAUCAUCUCGCACUGUAUCUCCACACUCCCCUCCACGCGCAACAUCGCGGUCUUUGAUUCCGAAUUCCACGCCUCGAUUCCAGAACAUAUAUCUACAUAUCCUAUUAAUCAGGAAAUAGCGCGGAAGAAUGGAUUGAGAAAAUAUGGGUUUCAUGGGAUUUCAUAUGCGUUUAUUACGCGGAGUGUGGCGGGGUUUUUAGGGAAGAAGGAAGAGGAUACGAAUAUUAUUGCGUUGCAUUUGGGGAGUGGUGCUAGUGCGUGUGCGGUGAAGGGAGGGAGGAGUUGGGAUACGAGUAUGGGCUUGACGCCUUUAGCGGGAUUGCCUGGGGCGACGAGGAGUGGGAGUUUGGAUCCUAGGUAUUUCUUUUCUUUUUUCCUUUCCUCCUACCAUUCUUCUUUCCAACUUCCUACCUACCACCCACCCCAAACCCCCAAAAUAAAACCCAAACCCCCCCAAAAAGCCAAACCACCAAACUAACCCUUCCCCUUCUCCCCCGCCAAAAAGUCUAGUAUUCCACUACGCCACCAACGUUGGAAAACUCUCCCCCUCUUCAACCACCUCCCUGCACAUCUCCCGGGCCGAAGAAAUUCUCAACCAAGAAUCCGGCUGGAAAUCGCUAACAGGAACCACAAAUUUCGGCACUAUAAUUUCCUCCUCCACAAAUCCCCAAAUGAAACUCGCGCUUGAUAUAUUUAUCGAUAGGAUAUUAUCAUAUAUUGGACAUUACUACGUGAGUUUACAUGGAAAAGUUGAUGCGUUGGUUUUUGCCGGGGGGAUUGGUGAAAAGAGUGAGGUGUUGAGGAAGAGGGUUGUGGAUGAGGUGGGGUGUUUGGGGUUUGAGAUUGAUGAGGAGAAGAAUGGGAGGGAGAUGAAGGAGGUGGUGCAGGAUGUGGGGAGGGAGGGGGCGAGACAUAGGACUAUGGUUUGUUUGACAGAUGAACAGUUUGAGAUGGCUAGACAUUGUGUUGUUGAUGAGGAGCUUUUUGGUGAAUGAGUUCUGUGAUGAGUUCUGUGAAGUGAGAGAUGAAGUUAUGACAUUGCGAGCGGAACAGCAUGGGAAUGAGUGAUGGAAGAAAAUU